CAUUAUAUAUGCAAUAUUUUUUUGGCUUUCUCGAUCUAACUCCAUUCUUCUUCUUCCUCUUUGAAAAAAAAAUCCCCCUUUCCUUUUCUCUUUUCGUCUACUUUUCCUACUGUUUUCCAUUAUUUUCUUUCGCUUUCUCUCUAAUUCUAGCUUCUUCUUCUCCACCUUGCUAAUUACUUGCAGACAGAUAGUACAACAUCAUGGGCGACUCUUCUGCUUCGUAUAUUCACACGGUGCACCAUCUAAUAGAAGAGUGUAUUAUUUUCAACAUGAACAAAGAAGAGUGCAUGGAAGCUCUCUCCAAGCAUGCAAAUAUCAAACCAGUCAUUACCGCGACAGUGUGGAAGGAACUGGAGAAAGAAAACAAGGAAUUCUUUGAGGCCUACUCAAGAAAUAGAGCAGAAAGACAAAGAGUUACAGAAAUUGAGAGAAAAGAAAGGAUCCGAAACAUGCUCUCAAAUUCUACUAUUGAAAAUACCAAAGCCAAUAACUAGCAGCUUCAAAGCACAGUUAGUUUAUAGCAGCUUCAAACUGUGAGAAGCGAAAGAGAGAGAGAGUACAGUACAGUUCUAGAACAGUACAGAAGAGGUAAACGGCGCCAUAUGUUUGGGAGGUUGGGUGUGAAUUUUAUUAGGUGUGAAGAAUCCAAAUAGUAAUUGGGAUGCGUGACGGCAUGUGGGAAGAGUAUUGCAUGAAGUGAUGGCACGUUGUAUUAACGUGGCACCGCCCUCUUUGUUCCAUUGUCUGCGUGUCUAAUAUUUGUAGUCUUUUUGUAAAAAUCUCGUUUCAUGAAUCACACUCGAUCGAUGCCCUACCUCAAUGUGUUUUCUUCGAUAGUGUUUAAUUGUUCUGUAAGUCUUUAUCUUCUCUUGUUUGUAAUUGUAAUAAAUGAAGUGUGAAGGUGGGAUUUCA